AUGUCUCGUCAGAAUUCGUUGGCAUCGCCCAUGAAGUAUAUCCUAGUAACCGGUGGAGUUAUUAGUGGUAUUGGUAAAGGAAUUAUCUCAUCAAGUAUCGGCACUAUUCUUCGUUCACAUGGAUUUCGCGUGACAUCGAUAAAAAUCGAUCCAUAUAUUAACAUUGAUGCCGGUACAUUUUCACCGUAUGAGCACGGUGAAGUAUUUGUACUUGAUGAUGGCGGUGAAGUGGAUUUGGAUUUGGGAAAUUACGAAAGAUUUCUUGACGUGACAUUACAUCGCGAUAAUAAUAUAACAACUGGUAAAAUUUAUCAAUAUGUAAUUGAUAAAGAACGUCGAGGUGAUUAUUUGGGGAAAACGGUUCAAGUUGUACCACAUAUUACUGAUGCUAUUCAAGAAUGGGUAGAACGUGUCGCACGAAUAUCGGUUGAUGAAGAUAAAGCUGAACCUGAUAUAUGUAUCAUUGAACUUGGUGGAACCAUCGGUGAUAUUGAAAGCAUGUCAUUUGUAGAAGCAUUUCGUCAAUUUCAAUUUCGUGUAAAGAAAGAAAAUUUCUGUUUGGUUCAUGUUAGUCUCGUACCACAACCAAAUUCUACUAAAGAACAUAAAACUAAACCAACACAACAUAGUGUGAAAGAACUUCGUGGUUAUGGUCUCACACCGGAUCUUAUCAUCUGUCGAUGUGCAACACCAAUGGCCCUAACCGAUAAAGAAAAGAUUUCCAUGUUUUGUCAAGUUGAUAAAGAUCACGUCAUCUGUGUACCUGAUGUGAAAACACUCUAUCGUGUUCCACUCUUAUUAGAAGAAAAUGGUGUAUUCAAUUUUCUGUCCGCACGUUUACAUUUAACACCCAAAUCAAACUACGAUCGAUCGCUAAUGAUCAAAUGGAGAGAUUUGACUGAACGUAUUGAACGACAACUUGAUGAAGUCAUUAUCGCUCUUGUUGGUAAAUAUACGGCGUUGGAAGAUGCAUACGCAUCCGUUCUCAAAGCUCUCAAUCACGCUGCAUUAUUUUGUAAUCGAAAAUUGAAAGUCUUGUUCAUCCACGCGACCGACCUGGAAGCUAAUACGCAAAAGGAUGAUCCAGUUAAAUAUCACGAAGCAUGGCAACAAUUAUGCAGUGCUCAUGGUGUACUCGUUCCAGGUGGAUUUGGCUCACGUGGUAUUGAAGGUAAAAUCGCUGCUAUUGAAUGGGCACGUACACAAGGCAAACCUUUCCUUGGUAUUUGUCUUGGACUGCAAUGCGCUGUAAUUGAGUUUGCCAGACACGUUCUGCAGCACAAGAAUGCCAAUUCGUCAGAAUUUGAUAAAUGUGAACAUCAAGUGGUUAUCGAAAUGCCUGAGCAUAAUCCAGGAGUGAUGGGAGGUACAAUGAGAUUAGGUCGACGAACAACUCAUUUUGUAAAUGAUGAUAGUAUCCUUAAAAAACUGUAUGGAAAUGUGAAUUCUAUUGAUGAACGUCAUCGUCAUCGUUAUGAAGUUAAUCCAACUUAUAUCGAAGCUUUUGAAAGUGCUGGAAUGAAAUUUGUGGGACGAAGUGAUGACAACGAACGUAUGGAAAUUCUUGAAUUAGAAAAUCAUCCGUAUUUUGUCGCUUGUCAAUACCAUCCAGAAUACAUCUCACGCCCGUUAAAACCAUCUGCUCCUUAUUUAGGACUCAUAUGGGCUGCUUGUGGCGAGCUGAAAACUGUCUUAUCGCAUGUGAGCAAAGAUGAACUGUCCAAUGAAUUACCGAGAAAAGCAUCUGGCCCUUUUUCACAUGUGAAUCUCUUUCGUCACACAUAA